UUUUUCGCAUUGAUUUUUUUUUUGAUUAUCCACCAGUUUUUUUUCCGAAAAUUUAUCAAAAUUGACAAAACAUCGAAACAAAUGUCAUCGAAAAGAGGAAUGAUUAUUGUACUGGAAGGUUUGGAUCGUGUUGGUAAAACAACACAAGCACAAAAAUUGGUUCAAUCAUUACGAAAUCAAGGAAAAGAUACUGAAUUGAUUCGUUUUCCUGAUCGUUCUACAAUGACUGGAAAUCUAAUCAAUCAAUAUUUGUGUGGACAAACUAAACUGAAUGAUCAUGUUAUUCAUCUACUUUUCGCGGCAAAUCGAUGGGAAAAAUUUGAUCAAAUGUUAGAAAUGGUCAAAGCCGGUACCACAUUUGUCAUUGAUCGUUAUUCAUAUUCAGGUGUAGCAUAUACAUCGGCUAAAGGUUUAGAUUUUGAUUGGUGUUGUUCACCGGAAAAAGGACUGAUUAAACCUGAUUGUGUUUUAUUUUUGACCACCGAUAUCAAUGCUAUAAGUAAACGUGAAGAUUUUGGCCAAGAAAUUUAUGAUAGAAAAGAAUUUCAAAAAUCUGUUUAUGAAGCAUAUGAAAAACUUGUUGAUAAAAAUUAUUGGAAUAUCAUUGAUACGACCAAUAAAACUAUUGACGAUGUACAUGAUGAAAUUUUAAAAGUUGUCCACAAUCGUUUGGAAAAUAUUUCGAAAAAUAUAUCAUAUCUCUGGUAAUAAUCAUCGCAACUACAAAUUAUCCAUCCAAAUAAAAUGGUUUAUUUUUGAUUUUAAAAUUUGAAAAAUUAAAAUAAAAUUUACACUUUUUU